AUGUCGUGGGCCUUUGUGUCGGCCAUGCGCAAGAACCCUCAGCAGAGCUACGUGCAGCUCCUCAACAGCAUUCGAGACGAGCUCGCGACAAAGUAUACCCAAAAGCCUCAGCUGUCCUGCAGUCAUCCUCUUGGCCAUGGUGGUCAGACGAGAGACCUCGACGGCGACGAACCCGACGGCUACGACGAAGUCAUCUACCCCGUCGACUUCCGUCACAACGGCCACAUCACCGAUGAUGAGAUGCACAGGAUCAUGGUCCGCCCGCUGCAGCCGGGCGUACGCCUGACGGCAAUAUUUGACUCGUGCCACUCGGGCACCGCCCUCGACCUCCCCUACAUCUACUCGACCCAGGGUGUCCUCAAGGAGCCCAACCUGGCCAAGGAGGCCGGCCAGGGCCUGCUGGGCGUGCUGUCCUCGUACAGCCAGGGCGACCUCUCGGGUGUCGCCAACAACAUCCUCGGCUUCAUCAAGAAGGCCACAACUGGCGAUGAGGCCCACACCCGCGCCAUCGCCACCAAGACUUCGCCCGCCGAUGUUGUCAUGCUUUCCGGAAGCAAGGACGACCAGACUUCCCCUCCUCAGCCGACCUACAGCUCUUACCCGCCGCAGCAGAUCCCGCCACAACAGAUCUUGCCGCCGCAUCCUCAGCAAGGAUACUACUCGGCUACCCCGAUGCAGCAACCACAAUAUGGCUACUCGCCUGUCCCUCCGCCGCAACAAAUCCCGCCGACGGGGCACUAUGCUCCUGUUGCCCCGUAUCAGUCUCCCCCCCAUCAGCAGCAGCCCACCUCACCGUACAACCAAGCACCACCCGUCAAUGGCCCGCCUUCCAACGCCGCCGCCGCCGCCGCCAUCGUCGGCAAUCCCCACCCACAUCUCCCCAACCCCAACGCACCCCCGAUCAACGGCUUCGCACCCGCACCAGGCCCCAGCCCCGUUCCCGGACCCGGAGCCGUCGCAGCCCCUCCCCCCUCGGAGCCCCAGCACUUUGGCCAGGGUGCACCCCAGAGCUACGCCUACCGCUACUCCAACUGCACCGGCCGCCGCAAGGCCCUCCUCAUCGGCAUCAACUAUUUUGGCCAGCGUGGCCAGCUGCGCGGAUGCAUCAAUGACGUCCGCAACAUGACGGCCUACCUGGCCGAGCACUUUGGUUACCGGCGCGAGGACAUGGUCAUCCUCACCGACGAUCAGCAGAACCAGAUGAGCCAGCCUACCAAGCAGAAUAUCCUGCGCGCCAUGCAUUGGUUGGUAAAGGGAGCUCAGUCCAACGACUCUCUAUUCUUCCACUACUCG